UAAACAUUUAGUUCUCGAUUUAAACAUUCAGGUCUAAUACUUAUUAUUUAAAAAUACAUAUUUAAGUUGCUAAAUAAUGUUGCAAAUGUGCAAAAAAAAUUGACUCUAAAAUUUUCAUACCAUAUUUUAAACAGUGGGUGGCGCUAAAUGUGAAAAAAAAAAUGUUGUAAUUUUCAGCAUGUGCUACUUUACAAACGGCGCCCCAUAUGUAUAUUACUCCAACUUGCUAAGCAUAUCAAAUUCGAACUUGGUUAUUAAAAAAAAAAACAAAGGCAUUACUUUCCAAUAUCUUGCAUUGCAAUGCAAUAUAUAGAAAUUAAAUGCACAAAAUUUCAUAACAGCCUCACAAGCUACAACAAAAACAUUAUGUUUCAAGUAGGGCUGUCAAACGAUUAAAAUUUUUAAUCGAGUUAAUUACAGCUUAAAAAUUAAUUAAUCGUAAUUAAUCGCAAUUCAAACCAUCUAUGAAAUAUGCCAUAUUUUUCUGUAAAUUAUAUAUAUAUUCUGUAAAAUAAAUGGAAUGGAAAGAUAAGACACAAGAUGGAUAUAUAUACAUUCAACAUACGGUACAUAAAGACUGUAGUGGGCAUUUCACUCUACUGUAAUUUAAAUCCGUCUGUGCUGUCCUCACUCCGAAGCGUCUACUUUUUCCAAAGCUAGACAGCUUGUGAACGAUGCCUUAAUAAUCAGACUUCUUCCUUUUUCACCUGAUUUAUUAAUAAAAUGGCCUCAAACCAUUGUCCUCUUUAGACCGUCGUAAAACUACAAAAAAAAAGUACACAAGCAUUGCAUUAGCAACAACGUUAGCUUAGCACGCUAUACAGGUUCAUUAAACAUAAACAAAAAGCGUCUCAUACAAAAAUUUAACAUUUCGCUUACUGACAUAAUAUGUACAUUCUUUACAACAACCAUACUUACGGACAAAUCUUGUCCAAGGGUCAUUUAAGCACAUCAUUACAACGUAGGCGUCAGCCCGAGACGUCGUGCAGCCAUAUUGAACUGGCAAGAAAACAAUAAACCAUGUCGCAAAGCGACCACAAGAGUUCGCUGUUGGACAGCAGAAAAAGCCUUGCUGUAAAACUUACCAAAUGGCAGAAUACUGUCUGAGCGGGACAUGUGCGUUAAUUGCGUCAAAUAUUUUAACGUGAUUAAUUUAAAAAAUUAAUUACCGCGCGUUAACGCGAUAAUUUUGAGAGCCCUAGUUUCAAGUAGAAGUUAAUACUUAUUUAGACCUACCCCAUUAAUAGAAAACUUCAGCAUCAAUUUUUGACCAUUACAUUAUCGUAUGCCGAUUUGGUAUAACUUUAAUAUACAAAAUAUUACUUCAGUAUAACAUAACUUUAAAUAUUCUACAGUUUCUGCACUUGCGAUAGUGAUCUAUAAUAUAUUCAGUAUUAUAAAUGUAACUCUUUCUCUUUGUACCUCAAAUAAUUAUAUCUUUUGUUUUUGUCUCCACAUCAAUACGUACCAUAAUUCUGUUCUAGCCCUUUUAGUAUAUUCAUAUAAAAAUGUAGAACCAUUAAUCAAUGUUUGAUGCAAAUAUGACAAUGUUCCUUGUUACUGUACAGUAUAAUAAAAUGGAUUUUAUUUGUCAUUUUCACAGUCGCGUGUUCUCUCCUGCCUAGUGUUAGCAAAAAGCAAAACGAACUACCAAGACCACAAUGCACCUGAGUAUUUCCAAGCCACGCCCAGAACGACUCCGAGUUGGUAACCGAUAGAAAACGCGGAGCCUCAAAGUCACUGACCGCCACUCGGUGGGAAGAAGCGCCCUUUUCCAAAUGGCAACCACGGCAGACGACGAGUGGGAUCCCUCGCUUCGCGGCUGCCACCACCACAACAAUAACAAUAAUAACAACAACAAUAAUAAAGACAACGAAGCGGGGGAGACGGCCAACUCACCUCCGACGGGCUCGACCGAAGCCGGCGGGAAGACGUCGCAUUGCGUCGGUAACGGCUCGGUCAUCAACCCCGGCGGAGGAAAUAAUGGAAAGUGGGUUCGGCUCAACGUCGGCGGCACCGUCUUCCUGACAACAAGGCAAACGCUACUUAAAGAACAAACUUCGUUCCUGUACCGAUUGUGCCAGCAGCAAGACUUGCACUCGGACACGGACGAGACAGGAGCUUACGUGAUCGACAGAGACCCCACCUACUUCGGACCCAUCCUCAACUACUUGCGGCAUGGCAAACUGGUCUACAACAAGGAGCUAGCUGAAGAAGGAGUGCUGGAGGAGGCGGAGUUCUAUAACAUCACGCCUCUUAUUAAACUCAUCAAGGAGCGCAUUUUAGAGAGGGACUCCAAGUCCACGCAGCAGGUUCCCCCUAAGCACGUCUAUCGAGUGUUGCAGUGCCAGGAGGAGGAGCUGACCCAGAUGGUGUCCACGAUGUCCGACGGCUGGAAGUUUGAGCAGGUCAGCGUGCGCGCCUGCAGAAAGCCCCGCACUGGACUGCUCUGGACUAUGGUGAACAUCGGUUCGUCGUACAGCUACGGAACAGAAGAUCAGGCAGAGUUUCUGUGUGUCGUUUCCAAAGAGCUUCACACGCCCGGUUCCGGGUUGGGUACAGAGCAGAGCCACAAAACUAAGCCGACGGAGACGCAGGAGGAGGAAGCGGCGAAGGAGGAGGAGGAGGAUGCAGAGGGAGGGAGAGAAACCGCACCGAAUGAGUGGCUUAGAGAAUGAGGGAGUCGUGUUCCUUUGUUCCAAAGCCAGGUGGGGAAAGGCUUUUCCAGAUCCACGGCUCCCGGAUGUAGACGCGACGAGAACCUAAAUGAAUUAUUUAGGCUCAUAACAACAUCCUGUACACGGAACGUGUGCACAAGACGGCUGCGGGGAAUAUUCGUGGAGCAUUUUUGAUUGGGGAUUGUUGAACUACUUACAAACAGGAUGAACUGAAACAAUACAUUUUGUUGAUCACAGCAAUAUUUUCCAAGGUUAGUGAAACUUAGUACAUUCACAACCAAAGAUUUUGACUGACGCAAGGCACCUUUGCGGAAUUCUCAAUGUUUUUGCCUAUCCAUAGACUUUAUAAUGAUAUUGACGGGACACGGGGCCGAUUAAUAGGGGGCCUGCAUUGUUGGCGUGGCCAUCUAAGCUAACCGAGUGGAAUCACAGACAAAGAGCUUUUUUCGUUGAAAAUUAUUGUGAAUAAAUGCUUAAAUCCCCGAAUUCUUUAUAGAUAUGUGCGUAAAACAGUCAUGAUUCUUGGUUAAAAGCCAAAAAUAACGUGCAUUUAGCAUUUAUUUUACGUAAAUAUGUCGAAGAAUGAUGCUAGUUUGUCAAACAAUGUGGCGGCAGCCUUAGCACAAAGAGCUUUUUAUGUUGAAAAUUCUUGUGAAUAAAUGCUUAAAUCCCCGAAUUCUUUAUAGAUAUGUGCGUAAAACAGUCAUGAUUCUUGGUUAAAAGCAAAAAAAAAAAAGUGCAGUUAGGAUUUAUUUAAUGUAAAUAUGUUGAAGUACGAUGCUAGUCUGUUAGUCAUUGUGGCGGCUGCCAUAUGUAAACAGCUUUUCAUGUGAAAAUUAUUUUGAUAAAUGCUUAAAUCCCUGAAUUCUUUAUAGAUAUGUGCAUAAAACAGUCAUGAUUCUUGGUUAGAAGCAAAAUAAAACGUGCAGUUAGCAUUUAUUUUACAUAAAUAUGUCGAAUGAUGCUUUUCUGUUAGUCAUUGUGGCGGCUGCCAUAUGUAAACAGCUUUUCCUGUGAAAAUUCUUUUGAUAAAUGCUUAAAUCCCUGAAUUCUUUUAUAGAUAUGUGCGUAAAACAGUCAUGAUUCUUGGUUAAAAGCAGAAAAAAAAAACGUGCAGUUAGCAUUUAUUUUACGUUAAUAUGUCGAAGAAUGAUGCUAGUCUGUUAGACAAUGUGGCGGCAGCCUUACCACGAACAGCUUUUUAUGUGGAAAAUUCUUGUGAAUAAAUGCUUAAAUCCCGUAAUUCUUAUUAGCUAUGGACGUAAAAUAGUCUCGAUUCUUGGUUGUAAGCCAAAAAAAAACGUGCAGCUAGCAUUGGUUUUACAUAAAUACGUCGAAGUACGAUGCUAGUCUGUCAGUCAAUGUGGCGGCCGUUACAUGUAAACAGAGCUUUUCCGGUGAAAACUCUUGUGAAUAAAUGCUUAAAUCCCCGAUUUCUUUAUAGAUAUGGACGUAAAACAGUCUCAAUUCGUGGUUAAAAGCAACAAAACCGUGCAGUUGGCAUUUAUUUUACGUAAAUAUGUCAACGAAUGAUGCUAGUCUGUUAGACAAUGUGGCGGCAGUCUUACAACGAAGAGCUUUUUAUGGUGAAAAAUCUUGUGAAUAAAUGCUUAAAUCCCUGAAUUCUUUAUAGAUAUGUGCGUAAAACAGUCAUGAUUCUUGGUUAAAAGAAAAAAAAAAAAACGUGCAGUUAGCAUUUAUUUUACGUAAAUAUGUCGAAGAAUGAUGCUAGUCUUUUAGACAAUGUGGCGGCUGCCAUAUGUAAACAGCUUUUCCUGUGAAAAUUCUUGUGAAUAAAUGCUUAAAUCCCUGAAUUCUUAAUAGCUAUGGACGUAAAAUAGUCUCGAUUCUUGGUUAUAAGCAAAAAAAACUAUGCAGUUAGCAUUUGUUUUACAUAAAUACGUCGAAGUACGAUGCUAGUCUGUCAGUCAAUGUGGCGGCCGUUACAUGUAAACAGAGCUUUUCCGGUGAAAACUCUUGCGAAUAAAUGCUUAAAUCCCCGAAUUCUUUAUAGAUAUGGACGUAAAACAGUUUCAAUUCUUGGUUAAAAGCAACAAAACCGUGCAGUUAGCAUUUAUUUUACGUAAAUAUGUCGAAGUACGAUGCUAGUCUGUUAGUCAAUGUGGCGGCAGCCUUACCACGAAGAGCUUUUUAUGUUGAAAAUUCUUGUGAAUAAAUGCUUAAAUCCUGAAUUGUUUAUAGAUAUGUUUGUAAAACAGUCACGAUUCUUUGUUAUAAACAAUAAAAACGCGCAGUUAGCAUUUGUUUUACAUAAAUAUGUCGAAGAAUGAUGCUAGUCUGUUAGACAAUGUGGCGGCUGCCAUAUGUAAACAGCUUUUCCUGUGAAAAUUCUUGUGAAUAAAUGCUUAAAUCCCUGAAUUCUUAAUAGCUAUGAACGUAAAAUAGUCUCGAUUCUUGGUUAUAAGCAAAAAAAACUGCAGUUAGCAUUUAUUUUACGUAAAUAUGUCGAAGUACGAUGCUAGUCUGUCAGUGUGGCGGCUGCCUGAUGUAAACAUAACUUUUCCUGUGAAAAUUCUUGUGAUAAAUGCUUAAAUCCCUGAAUUCUUUAUAGAUAUAGAUAUAAAACAACCUCAAUUCUUUUUUAAAAGAGCACCAAAAAAAACGGGCACUUAGCAUUUAUUUUACAUAAAUAUGUCGAAGAAUGAUGCUAGUCUGUUAGACAAUGUGGCGGCAGCCUUACAACAAAGAACUUUUUUUACGCUGAAAAUUCUUGUGAAAAAACGAAAAAUAUACAGUAUAAUAAUGACCUUGAAUCCUCGAACAAAUAACUCCUGAGACAAUCCUUUCUGUUUGUAUGCAGUACAGCUUUCGUUCUUUUUCAACCAAAAUCCAGUGUUGUCCAGUGAUCGCUGCAUGUGUCGCGGCGACUGACUGCGAAUGAUUGAAGCGGGUUGUGGGAUGGCCCCCUACUUAAAGGCGUGGUGCAGUGAAAGGGAAAUCUGACCUGUCAAUAUCAUUAUGAAGUCUAUGGACAAUCAUAGAAUUUCCAUCCAAAUGAUGCAUUUACUGACGCUAGUUAUUCCUGUAGUCUUUCCCGCAUUGCGUCAUGUACUGUAGCUAGGAAUGCAAAACAAAAACAAAAAAGCCUGUUGGUAUUAAAAUGCGUCGCCUCGUAGUAUUUGACCAUAUUGCAGUUAAUUAUUAGUUGUGGUUUGUUUCCGUCCAGAGUUGAAUGCAUAUGUGUGAUUUUGACAAAAAAUCAGAUCACAUUUGAUGGUGGUUUUAUGCAGAAAUGUGAGAAAUUCCAAAAGGUUCAGACACAUUUUCAUACCACUGUAAAAAGUAACAGUAAAUGCUACCGAUCAGCUUCCAUCUUAAAUUUUAUCAACACUCAUUUAAAUUCACUGCAGAAGAAUGAUUAGUCGCCACGUGAUUGGACGUCUUGUGAUCUACUAGUGCUUCUUUAAAAGAAAAAAUGUUAACAUUACAUUUCAGUACAUAGCCAGUGCAAUGCUAAUAAUCCAAAUUAAUGUUAGCAUAAAAUAGUGUUUAGCUGGUGGUAAUCAUAACGCUGGUAUUAGCAAAGACUGAAAAAAACAAUUGGUUUUUUUCUGUAACUUUAGCUGUUGUAACAUGGCUAAUUGAGUGCCUUGUUCAAGCGGAAAAAUUGUUUUUACAUGCAUUUUAAGAUAAAAUUCAUGCGUAUUUUACAAUCUCAUUUAGAGUCCAAGUUACAUUUUGAGUGCUUGAAAGUCGUAUUUUUCCAGAAAGGUAGAAAACAUGUGUUCAAUUCAAAUGAUGUCGAGGGCCUGAGCUGUUUUUUAAAAAAAAUUUGGGAAGAAAAUAUUUUGUAUAUUUGUUUCUUAUUUAUUAUUAAGCUUUAUUUUGUAAUGUCAUACUGAAAAAAAAAAUCUGGGUUUUGUUGGAUGGGAGAUUAAUUGGACGGGUAACUUUUUUUGUAUACAUGAUAGCUUUUAUGUUUGAUUGAUCAAAUGUGUUAGCAUUAGCUCAUUUCCAUCCACCUCUUUUUGCAUGUCGGGGUGCUCACAUCGUGUUUUGUACAUCACUUGUUAAAUGCUUCCUUCUGAUUUUGAUGUGUAAAACAAAUACAGGGCAAUUCAUUUUUUCUGAACAACAACCAAAAACACAAGUUUUGUUAUACAAAUUUGGAUUUAAUGGAAAUGUACAGCCUCAAAGUACUUGCAUACAGAAAGGGGAACAUUAAUUUAGAAACAUUCUGAACAAGCAAUGUUGUGUUUUAUGUAAAUGAAUGGCUCUAUACAAAAAGAAAUAAAUCUUUUUAAUUAAAAAAAAAAAAAAUCUUGUUUUACUUUUUAACCAGCAUAUGUACACUUGAUUGAAAUAGAGUAUUUUUGUUUGUCUAUUAUAGCUUUUGUUAUAUGUGUGUAUUUCCAGUGUAUCACAAAAGUGAGUACACCCCUUGCAUUUUUGCAGAUAUUUAAGUAUAUCUUUUCAUGGGACAGCACUGACAAAAUGACACAUUGGCACAAUGAAAGGUAGUCUGUGUUCAGCUUACACUAUAUAAUAGUCAAUUUAUUUCCCCCUCAAAAUAACUCAAAAUAUAGCCAUUAAUAUCUAAAAUGACAAGCAGUACUCAAUUUGGACAUUUAGGGGUGUCGUUUCCAAGGGGUGUACUCCCUUUUGUUGCCUGGGGUGUA